AAGUAUUCUGAAAACACACCUUUAUAGUGGUUGCAUCGACGUAUUUUCAAUUUAGUUCCUAAUAACUUGGUUUAUUCUUAAAUUACCUAGGUACGGUCUAUUAAGUGAUUUCAAAAUGGGACUCAAGAAGCCAGUUUUAUUCUACUUUGCUGUUGUGUUAGUAAUCCUGAGCACACUCACACAUGAAGCCGAAGCGCGACGAAGAAUCCUCCGAGGACGGCGAGUGAUGACACGCACGUAUUACCAUGGUAACGCGGUACCGGCGUGGGCAAUCAGUUUGAUGGCUGGAAUGGGCAUGAUAAUAAUUGGUGGCGUCCUCUACGUCGUCAUGAGAAAAAUCGUCCUCUCGUCCGAGACUGGAACACUGAAUACUUAUCAACCAGCUAUGCAACACGACAACAGUGUAUAACUGUUUUAGAAAAAAUCACAUAUUGUAAUAAAUGGAGAUUUUUUUAUAGCUUGCUAAGAAAAAUAGUCAUGUAGCGAAACACAAAAUAGAACAAUACUAAAGCCCAUAAAGUUAAACUCGAUGUGGAAUGCUUAUCAACAAACAAAUUAAUGCUAAAGAUAUAAAUUAAAAAAAAUGCUAAAUUGAUUUAUUGCAGUAAAAUUUUUAAUGUCAUUAAUUUAGAAACAAUUCAAUUAAUAUUAUUAUUAUAUUUCAGUGAUUCAGCCGUACUCGAUGUGUACUGUUUACCAACAAACAAAUUAAAAAUAUUUCACACCUAAUAACAAUAAUUGUAAUUAACUUGUUCUCAUAUUAAUGAAAAUAAUCAGAGUAAUAAGCUUUGAACAAUUCGAUAUAGUUAAUAUAUUUUGAAUAACAUUUUAAAAAUAAACCAAGCCAUAAUGACUUGACGCGUUUUCUACCUUCAUUUCCAAAUUGUAAUACUCAGUGUAGGUAUAAAAUUACUAGCAAUUAAUACCCUCUUUUUAAACAAUUACCUACUGUAACAAUCCAUAUCGAGUUUUGGUUUAGUAUAAUCAUGUUGCGGAAAAAAUAACACUAUUUUAUAUCAAUAUUAGUGAUGAACUAAAUUGUACUGUGGCGCCCCCAGAUGGGUUUUUAUAUUUCUGACUGGCUAUCGAAAUUAAUGAGUUACAUAAGGAAAAUAAUAUAUUUCAUUUGUAUUUCGCACUUUGUUAAGAUUUAAUAAGAAAUAAAUGUUUACUUGUUUAUAUUUAUGGAUUGUAAUAUCUUAAUUUUAAGAUUUAGGAUAAAUUAAAGUAAAAUAAAAGACUAAAAGAUAAA